AUAGAAGCUGUAUGUGGUAAAAAAUUUCAGAAAACACGAGUAAAUUUUCCGGAAAUAACAAACGCAUAUUGUAAAUUCUCGCACUAAUUACAACAGCGAAAUUUCAAAAUGGAAGAAAUAAUUGGACAACCUAUGCAACCACCAAUAAAUUUUAAUAAAUUUCUAGAGGAGUAUCAGCGAAUGUUUAAAACUCCAUUUACCCAACCAUGUAGCGAAAUAGACCUACAAAAAGUCCUAAAUUUAGGGGAUGAGCCAUUUCGUGAUUUACAAGAUAAAUGCUCUCUGGAACUACUUGAACAUGAAGACGACGCCAGAGUUGACGAUUUUUUGCCAGGAUUUACGGAACUAUUGCGUGUCCCCAAUAUAAAUGUACCAAUGAAUGCCAUAACAUUGAAAUCGUAUUGUCUCGCAACAAAAAACAAGGAACCAAAAAGGCAUAAUCCAUUCAACAGAACUCCCGAAAUCUAUAUCUUCUACAGGGUAGCUUCGAAACCAAGCGUUUCUCCUUCAAUAACACUACAACCAGAGCAAGAACUAAAGGUAUCUAUACGAAUGUACAGACCAGCACGUGUCACGCAUGCUGGCCGAACUAUUGAACGGCCUGUAUUUGCACAAGAAUUUGAAUGUUUGGGAUCAAAUUUAUUGUCGGAACUGAGAGACAAAAUCAUUUGUAUUUGUAAUAAUAAACGCUAUUUCGAUGUUAGUGAAACACCCGAUGCUCCCUUGCCAGACAAGGAGACUGACCCUGGAUACUUUUUUAUAAAUGAUACGUUUUAUAAUGACAUGCGAAAUCCCAUGAACGCAGAUUAUUCAGAGACUAUAAGGAAAUGGGCGAAAACCGCAAAAGGCUUAAAAGAUUUGACAUUCAAAGUAGCUCGAAUGGAAGAAACACGCGUAAUCGAUUUAACUGUAAGUAUGGGCUUUCCCCAACUCUACCAACAUCAUGGCAACUGUGAACAUGUCUUCGUGUUUUCUCAACUGGAAGUUAUAACUAAUCCUUGCAAACAACUUAUUGAACUCCAUAACUAUCCAUAUUUGAAGUCGUUGAACCGUCAUACCUCCAGGUCUUGUCAAACCUGCAGUGCAGUGAACUACGUAUUUGUGAUUGAAGGAAGUAAACGGCUGUUCAAUGAUCCAGCUUACCUGUGUCGCAAAUGUUUUAAAUCAUUCCUUUAUGUAGAUGGUAAAAAAGUCGGCGAUUUUCGGGCAUACCGUUUAAAUGAUGAUCCAUUAUCAAAAUCUGAAAAUUUAGACCCAAAUAAUGAUGAAAUGAACACCGAAGAUGAAGAUGAUACAAAUGGCGAUGACAUUGAAAGUAUAAUUGUGAAAGAAGAAGCUAACUGCAACGAAGAAUAAAGUAAACUUAAUGCAUACAGAUA